AUGACCAUGCAGCUAGGCCUGACUCUGGUGGUAGGGUUAGGCCUGUGCUUGAUGCAUGGCCAGUCUUUGCUGCAGGCUCCUGAGCGCCCCUUUUCUGUGCUGUGGAAUAUACCCUCAGCAAGAUGUAAGGCCCGCUUUGGUGUGCAUCUACCAUUCCGCGCCCUCGGCAUUAAAGCCAACCAUGGCCAGCAUUUUCAUGGCCAAAACAUCACCAUCUUCUACAAGAACCAGUUUGGUCUUUAUCCUUACUUUGGACCUAGAGGUACAGCCCACAAUGGGGGCAUCCCUCAGGCUGUGUCGCUAGAUCACCACUUGGCACAAGCUGCCCACCAGAUCCUCCACAGCCUAGGACCUAGUUUUGCUGGCUUGGCAGUGCUAGACUGGGAAGAGUGGUGUCCACAAUGGGCUGGGAACUGGGGCCCCCAUCGGCAAGUCUACCAAGCAGCCUCCUGGGCUUGGGCACAGGAGAUGUUCCCUGACUUGGACCCUCAGGAACAGCUCCGCAAAGCCCAUACUGGUUUUGAGCAAGCUGCCCGUGCACUGAUGGAAUACACACUGCAGCUGGGCCAGACACUUUGCCCACACGGGUUCUGGGGCUUUUAUCGAUGAUACCCAGCCCGUGGCAACGGCUGGCAUAAAAUGGCUUCCAACUAUACAGGCCAUUGCCACGCAGCCAUCAUUACCCAAAACACCCAACUGCGUUGGCUCUGGGCCGCUUCUGGUGCCCUCUACCCUAGCAUCUACCUCCCACCCAGACUGCCACCUGCCUACCGUCAGGCCUUCGUCCGACACCGGCUGGAGGAGGCCUUCCGUGUAGCCCUCACUGGGCAUGCACAUCCUCUACCUGUUCUGCCCUAUGCUCGCCUCACACACCGGAGCUCUGGGAGAGUCUUGUCUCUGGAUGACCUGAUGCAGACGAUUGGUCUGAGUGCAGCACUGGGAGCCGCCGGAGUGGUGCUCUGGGGAGACCUGAGCUUUUCCAGCUCUGAGGAGGAGUGCUGGCAUCUCCAUGACUACCUAGUGGGCACGUUAGGGCCCUAUGUGAUCAAUGUGACUAAGGGUUGCCACGGCCAUGGUCGCUGUGCCCGGAAAGACCCAGGACAAAUGGAAGCCUUUCUGCACCUUCAGCCAGGUGACAGUCUUGGAGCCUGGAGGUCCUUCAGAUGCCGCUGUUACUCGGGCUGGGCUGGCCCUACCUGCAAGGAGGCUGAACCUGAGCCCAAGGAGACAACAUAG